CGCCUAGUACAUGACGCGUUUCGGCGGUGGCAGUAGGUGGUGUCCAAAACCUGACGUCUAUGGCGUAUUUCCGGCUCCCAAAAUCGAUUCUGCCGCACUCAACCAGUAGAAGCAGGGCCUUUAAAAUCCGUAUAUUAAGUCCAGAGGGUGCCGUCCUAUCGUGCCACUCUAUGGGCCGUAAAUUUGUCGCUGCAUUGCUUCUGUUAAUCGCAUUAACGUGAUAAAUGUGCUCUUGCACAGAUUCUAGAGGCUGACUGCAAAUCACGAAUUUAUUACCUUUAUCUUCUGCAUACUAACCUUCAACCCUACCCGCACCCUUUGUCGGGUAAGGUCCUCAAUCGUUUGUUGCAAGUCAUCUCCAGAGUUGUUGAGGACAAUGUUGAACAGUAUGUACUCACCGUAGAGAGGUUCGCCUAUCCAGCAAUUUUUCAGUGCUGGCAGGUCCUGGUGGCCGCUGUUGGCUUUGUUAUAGCUGCUAGCUGUUGGAAGUGGAAAUGGCACAUGCAAUGUAUGAUAUUGACUCUUCAGUACAUUUGGAAAACUAUACCUUAUUAUACACUGAGCAUAUAUGCUGGCUCUCGGGCCCUCACAGUCCUUCCUCUUUCCAUAUUUUUGGGCAUCCACAACUCAUUGCUACUUGUCCACUGUGGGUUGGAUCUUGACUUAGGGAAGCAGAGUAUUUUCUUCAGCACUAACCCGAAGGACUUAGUAGCAUUUACUUCGGUGGCUGUGAGCAGUAUAAUGCUUGUUACCACUGUGCCAAGACUUGCUUUCACAGGAAAUCAAAUCAACUUUAUGCCUAAACUGGGCUUUGGUAGUGCAAUGUGGUGGAUGUUGCUUCAUAUCUGUUGUGCAGGUGUUAUCCUUUCCGCUGAAAAGUCUUCUACUGUCUGCAUUAAGACUGAUGCAUUCAACAGACAGAUCAUAUAUGCUACAACAAGUUUUAUUUUACUGUUGCCUGCAAGUUACUUCUUGGGUGAUUUUCAUGCAGUCUUCCUAUACCCCUAUCUUACGUCUCCUGGGUUUUGUUGGUCAUUUGUUUCAAGUGCUCUUUUGGGAUCAUUGCUGUUAAUACUCCACCCCAUGAUUUCAUCUUUAGAAGUUGUCAACCUGAAUUAUAUUGGCCUAGCUAAGGGCAAUAUUUGUUCUAUUUUUCCCCAGGUUAUUGUGUCGGCAAUCUCUCUAUUGUCAUUUGGAGUACCUGCAGUGCCACAAGAUUACCUGUUUUGGACAGUACUGUCACUUCUUGCUGGCAUGUUUGUCCCGAAAGCCAUGGCUUCAGAUGCUGAUAGAUGUGUCCUCUCCAACAUUCGACAGUCAAUGCAGCAUGUCUGAUUGGCAUGUUCAUGUGUUGUUACCUGCAUAUUAAUGGCACUUUGCUUGAACUUUUUAGCUAUAAGCAUAUGAGUUUCGUAACAAUGUGCAGAGUCAGACUAAAUAUAUUUUUUAAAACAUUGAAUUCAUGAAAGUCAUUGCAGUUAUUGCCAUAUUUAAUUAACAAGUAUUAGGCUCUAUGGUAUCAUAUUUGCUUAAUUAAAUGUUUUUGACGAAGCUUUUAUGUGUUGUAAGAAAAAGAUUUCACAAUGGUUAUUUUCAUUUAUCAUUUUUUUAAAUUCUCCUCCAUUGGCUUGCACACUUCUGUGUCGGCACUAUCAGUGAAAUUAGCACUCAGUGCAAUAUCUGAUUAAAAUAGAAUUAAAGAAUAAGAAUCAUUAGGAAAUAGAGCCGUAAGCUGGCUCUCUGUUGCUGUUGCUCUCAUAUAUGUUAUGAGAAAAGUUGUCUUACGGCACAAUGUUUUGUGUAAGUGACAUUGCACAAGAGCGAAUUUGGAGCAGCUCAUUUGUGAUUGAGUAGGCAGCUAUUGUCACUAUUUUUAACAUAGUGUAUUGAAUGAGUGCCAAGCAAGUGUACUAGUUUGUGUCUUUUAUUGUUGGUUCGUUAAAGGGUCACAAAAGAGAAAUAUUGAGACUACUUUAGGUAGUCGCACUUAUCAAAUUACAAAUGUAGACAGAUUUUACAAUGAGCACUAUUGGUAAGACAGAAAGGAUGCAAAAAGUUCGAGAUUGCCAGUGACACCAUCAUAAAAUUUCUGCAUUUGCACCCCAUGACAUCAUAGAUUUUUGGCAGUGUCUGCCUUGAGCCUGGUCUAUCAGCAAAAAAAAAAAAAAAAUUGUGUUGCACUUGAAUGUAUGCUGGGGGGACUCAGUGGGCAACAUCAUUUGUGGCCUCAUUUUCUACACAAAAAGGUUCAAAUUAUACCACUUGCUUCAAAUGGGAUGAGCAAAAAUUUUUAAGUGCAGUGCAGGGAAUAUAAUUGUCAUAGUUUCAGGAAUGCAUUAUUAGCAGGGUGCAUGACUGUCACAUGCGCACUUUCAAUUGCAAUUGAAACCAAAUACUGUUCAAAUCUGUGAGCCUUAUGGCUCCUUUGUACAAGCUUGCGAAAGGGUGCCAGUGGGGCUUGCAAAUUUCAAUUGUCUUGAGUUUGAAUGCUCUUUGGAAAUGUGUGCGAGACCGGAAUAUUGUUUACUACUAUUAAUAAUUCAAUUUCAUAUUUUUGGGCAGAUGUUGUAAUUGCGGAAUUGAAGUCUGUCAGUGCUUGAAGCAUGUCCACAUUGUAGGGAGUGUGAGAUCAGCACUAUCAGAUCGUUACUCCUCAGACUGUGAGAAAGUAGUUCAGUGUUCCAGUUAGCACUGUCCCACAGUGCUUUUUGUGAAACUAUUAACUGGAACACCAAUGCUGCAACACCACCCCCAAUCCCCAUAGAUUUGGAAAUGGAGACUGAAACUUGUGCUAGUCACAGGAUUCCUAUUAUAAAGACAGAAAACCACUCAGAACAUGAAUCGAGAUAAUUCCGCAGAUGGAUUGAUCCCCUAUCAUAGUGGCUAAAAUUAGCCAUGUUUUUCUCAUUAAACGGGGAUUUAUACUUUUAAUUUGUCAUUCAAUGUCACAAAACAUGACCUUUGGUGCCCCACGCAGCAAAAACAUGAAGCUGAAUGAGAGGUCCACCAUGUGGCCUUCUGCUAGUGUAUGCGAUUCCUGGUCUCUUCAUCAGUAUUAAAAUGCAGUAUACCUUUUAUUAUUAUAAGUUUUUCCUGACUUACAAUGUGCCUAUAAGCCUUCAUUUUCAAUAAGUUGACUUGGCUCUUCUAUCGACAGAACAACAACGAUGGGGGCCAGCCAGCCAUGACGUAGGCGUGUACUUGGAGAAAAACACGGUACAAAUAUAAAAAGUGUCCUUGCAAAAAACACGAACUUGUUGCACCAGCUUUUUAUUUUCAAAAGUGGUUGAAAAAGUCAAAAUGUAGGCGGCCAACCACAGUUACACUCACUCCUGUGAAAGCAGAACGAUGGGGCCUUUCACAAUUUUCAAGGUGAGCUAUCGACAUCACUCUCACUUCUCAGUGUUGCUGGAGGAGGGACUCUUACUUUUUAAGAGGCUGCUCAAAUCGAAAAAUUCGGCUUAGUAAAUAUCCACGCGCUUUCGGAAGUAACCGCUGCAGACACUACUGGUUCAUUGUAAACACUACGGAGGGUGAGCUUUGCAUUGCGCCAUAAAAAAACUAGGUCCCUACAAAUCGGUUGUUAGUCCCUUUAAGUGAAGACGCAUGCAUUGAUCACAGCCAGCUUAAAUUCUGCAUUUGCAACAUGUGCCCUAAAGUAACAUCAAUAAGUUACUUAUCAGAUCUCGGCUAGUUGUUAGUUAAGUGAUAGUAUCACAUAUUCGCUGUUGUCUGCUACUGCUAGUAAUUUGUUGGCACAACAAAAGACUUAUUCAUAUGCAUAUGCAGUCUUGCAACAUAUUGCUCUUCUCAUUUGAAGCAUGUAGUAUAGUAUUGUGAAAUGUGUUAUCGCACAUGGCGCUGUCAUUUGAGCGUGAAAUCCUAAAAGUAACUUUGGUCUCAGCACCAAUGUUCAACCAAUUUCCAACAGAUUUAGAAAUAGUUUCUGAACUGUCUGCCAGUUUAUAUAAUGUUUCUCUUUUGGUUCGCUUUAAGGAUGUUUGAAAAUUUUGUGAAGUGCUUCAAACUUAGGUCUAUCUGUUGCUGACAUCACCUAGUUAACCAUUCAUCACUGCUUCCUGUGUUACUGCUUAUCUUGCUCGUUCUGCUUGUAAGAGGGUUUACUAAUCCAAGAACUUUGCAUUGUGAUUUCAUAUCUGUGCUAAUGUUGGUGCUGUUAAAGAGGUGUUCCAUGAGGAGCUGUUAGGUUGCCUUUUGAGGUCAUUUUAGUGUGUGCAUUUAAAGGUUAGUGAAUGGCACGGUGACUUAUAAUUUUUUCUGGUGUCUUAAGCCAUGCAGGACCUUUAAGAAGGUUUUUGAGGACUUUCAGAACUUUUUUUUCCCUUUUAUUAGUGGCACAGAAUGUUUCGCUGCUCCUCUAGUUUGCUUUUAUUUGUUUACCCGUGGUGCCGUAAUGUCUUCUAUGACAUCACAAAGACCCUUGGGAAGAGGUAAAUACGCUCUCUAGGGAGAGAUACAAAAGGGGCUCAUUCUGUGUUCCAGCUCUCGGAAGAUGUGGACAUUACUUUCACCACACAUUGCGAAGUCCAGAUGGCUAAAUUAAAGGAAAUUGAAAAAUUGAAGCCAAGUAGAGGCUAUGUCUGCUUUGCAGAAAUCGUUGGAUUAUCACCACUUUUGAAAUAUCUGUCUUAGAAUCUGCUAAACACUACAUUGAUAUUUAGUCAAGAUCGUCCCACACUGCUUGAAGGACACUUCUGGGGAACUGAACUGGAAUACGAGUGUUCAUGUAAGGAUGGAUAACUCAAAAGUGGUACUAGUCUUAGGAUUUCUGCUAAGCAGACAUGACUUCACUGCUGUUCUGCUAUUGCAACACUUGCCCUAAAGUAAACUAAAUUCUGAAGUAUCUGCUUGGACUUUUAAAGAUGCAGAUUGUGUAUGUACAGUUAAAACUCAAUUUAACGAAGUGAUGACCACGAUCAAAUUAUUUCGUUAAAUCGGGAAGUCUGUAACAUUGAGAGGAAUUUUUCGAUCCUUCAAAAUCUAAAAUUGUAACGUAGUGACAUGCAAAAGCUACCAUGGCAUUGUAUUGCCACUAAUCUAUCCAUCUGUCGCAUAUAUCAUGAAAUAACGAAAAGAACCACCGCUUUCCAUACAGAAGCAGUGUUGAGUCCACUGUUCCACGCAUGGGUGUAGCGUGCAACCUCAUCAAAAUAAAGCUAGGGACAAGACCAUGGCGUCUAGUUGUUUUAACACGAUAGCUUUAGAGGCACGCUCAAAGAAAAACUCGUCUGCGUAAAAAUGAGGACGAAAUCAAUGCUUUUUUACUCAUUUAUUUCAGGAAAAACUUCGCUAAAUGAAGUUUGGACAAGUUACUUUUGUAAUUCAGCUUGAUGUCAACAUUGAACCCUGUGGGUACCUGCUGGGGAAUGGAAAUUUCUUGGUUAGAUCGGGAACUUCGUAAUAUCAGGUUUCGUUAGAUUGAGUUUUAACUGUAUAUAUGAGAUUGCUGAAUGUUACUGCUUUUGCUGAUCAUAUUUAAUGGGAGCUUCAAUUCUGUACUUAAAAGAACUGUUGACUGUCUGGAAUGUGUCCUGAGGUUACAGUGCUAAAGGCUUUGUUUUAAGCAUAUAUUUAUAUAAUAAUCUCUUAAAUAAGGAAUUAGUUUCUGCUUUGUCAGUGCCUAGAGCAGAGAUUCACCUACGUUACCACCAUGAUCGGUCAGCAGUAUAUGAGAAAGGUAUAAAAAGAGUGAGUAAAUUUUUACAUUAUACCAGUCAUGUUUUGACACAAUCAUGAAAGGAUUACACAAAUCGACUCGCAUCAAUAAAAAUGUUAAUUGAAACUAGAUAAUUUCCUUCAUGUGACAUUAAUAUGUAUGCUUUAGCCGCUUCCUUUACCAAAUAUUGCUUCCUUGCUGCACUGGAACUUUUUCCCCUUAUGAAAUGGUGCAGGUAGCUGGGAAGCAUUUGUUUGCCGACAAAAAAGAAAGGAAAAAAAUAACAUUCGGAUACUGACUUUGUUUCACAGAGGCCCAUCACAAUUUGCAAAUAUCACUUAUGUUUUUAUACUGCAUAGUUAAAAGCUUAUGUUGACUUUCUGUCCUUUCUGUGCAUUGUUACAAUUGCUCUUAAGUUAGUCAUUUGACAUCCAUAAUGAAAGGAGCUUGCAAAUUGAAACAUCACAUUCUUAAUUUUUUUCUUGUAUUCUCCGGAGAAGCCACUAUGAGUAUGAACGCUUAAAGUGAAGAUUUCAAUUGCAUGACGAAAGCAGGGGACCUUAAUUAUAGUUUGGCGGUUCAUUUAAGUUAAUCUCCACUUUGAAGAAAUACAUACAGCUAUGUGAAGCAUAGUUUGCACUUUUUGAGCCAUUGAGUGUUGCUACUGUGCCACUUUUAAGUCAUUGACACCCCUCCCCGCCCCACUUUUUUUUUCUUUGUUAUUCUUAGCACAUGACUCUCUGCUUCGUGAUAUCAUUACCUCAUGAAUUGUAUGCAUUGCAUAUUGCACUUUUACGUUCAUUUAAUUUUAUGCACUGCAACAACUGCAGUAUCACUUGUGUUUCAUACACAUUGCGCUGCCUUUUAUGACAAUGGCAUAUGCUUCUCUGUAUCUCGUAAAAUGGUGAGAAAUUACAACAGCAAGCAACAGGAGCAGUAUGCAAGUGUCCUCGUCUUUCUCUCAUUCUGUUAAUUUAUCUCCGUGAGUUACCAACUAGCCGAAAGCCACACUUUAUCUAAUCAAAUAUUGAGGUGAUCACAGGCCAUGUGGGACAAAGGUGUCUUGCCAAAUCACAGCUACUUUUUGAAGUCGAGCUCUCAUAAAGUGUAUUGUAACUCGCUCAAAUCCUUUUUUUUUUUAUGUGUGCAUAUACCGUGUGCCUUCUGAAGCAGUUUAAGCACUGGUACGCUUUGUUGAGGCUGCAAACAUGGGAAGGCACACUGUGUACAGUUAGAAUCUAGAAUUGAAAAAGUGUGUCCUUAAACUCUACCAGUGUUGCUGAUUUUUUUUUAUGUGCCUCGCUAAAUUGCUUCAGUGCUAACGUCACAUUGCAUUAACGUCGACAUUCAUCGUGGGAUGGGUUCUGCCAAAAUUUUUUAUUAUGCAUAAUGUGAAAGAACAAGUGCUUUUGUAAGGGUACCUUUGGAGCUCAAUGCAAUUUUUUUUAUUGCGGUUUUGUUCAGGUGUAUACUGUGCUAUACUGUGUUCACAUAUCCUGUUGCGCUAAAAGCUUUUCGUUACAUAUUCAUUUGUUCACGUUUUCAUACAUGUAAAUGUUGAUCUUUAAAGGCCUUUGAUGCCUUUUUUUUUUUCUUUUCUGGCUGUUUAGUUGUACCAUGUUUAUAGGCUUUAAAGCAUUCUACGUAGUCGUUCAGUGUUGAUGUUGUUGCAACCUAAAUAAUUUGUGCCUCUAAGACCCAAUGUGAUAAGCUCAAAAUAAGUUGUCAUAUCUACUGUGUUGCCAAGUUACAUUUCCAAUGCUUAAAUGGACCAGGGAAAGCUUUUUUGUUCCCAUUUUCAUGCACUGAGAUUUUUGGUGCCUGUGGAAGUUUGCGACCAUUUUGUGAAACCUGUGUACCUUGGCUAACUAUACAUGCUUUAUGAAGCUGGUGUACAGCUUGUGCCAUUUCUGUUAUUGAGAACUCUUUGUACCCCUGUGCUACAAAUAAAUGUGUUCAAUUUUUAA